CCCGAGCCGGAGCCGGAGCCGGAGCCCGAGCCCGAGCCCGAGCGGGAAACCGAGCUGGCGCCGAAGCUGGAGCCGGCACUGCGGCGCGCUGAGUGGAGCGGCUAGGCCGAGUGAGCGGAGGACCCUUUUCUCCUCGGAGUUGGAACCCUACCAGUGGGCAGGCUGGCUCCGCUAUUUUGCUCCAAGGAUUACAUGUCCUUCAAACGCCCCUGCCCCUCUCGCUACAACCGUACCAGCUAUUUCUACCCAACGUUCUCAGAAAAUUCAGAGCACAGCCACCUGCUCGUGUCUCCUGUACUGGUGGCAAGUGCAGUCAUAGGUGUGGUCAUCAUCCUCUCCUGCAUUACCAUCAUCAUCGGCAGCAUCCGCAGGGACCGGCAGGCCCGGCUCCAGCGUCACCGCCACCGCUACCGACGUCACCAUCACCACCACCACCACCACCACCGCCGCCACCAUCGGGAGUACGAGCAAGGCUACGGGUCUGAUGGGGCCUAUAGCCGCUCGGGCUACAGGAUUCACUGCAGCUGCACCCCUGUCGAAGACUGGCCCCUGCCCUCAGACCUCAUCUCUGAUGGCGAAGUGGAUCUCCCAGCGCUCCGAGACCUGUACCCAGAUUCUCCCCCAGGCUAUGAGGAGUGCGUGGGGCCAGGUGCCACCCAGCUGUACAUCCCCAUGGAUGCACCACCACCCUACUCGCUGACUGACUCCUACCCCGUGCUGGAUGGCAUCUUCGAUGCGGACAGUGGCCGUCACCAGCAGGCACCGAGGAUCCUCGGCCACAGUGGCCUCCGCACUGUCUCCGUGGAUACCCUGCCCGCUUAUGAGGCUGUGUGUGGGAUCAACCCCGCAUCAAGCCUGCUGCCACUGCCAGGACCAGAACCAGGGCUCACCCAUUACAACCUGAUCCCUGGGUUCUGGCCCAGAAAGGAUUCUGUGAGUGACCCAGCUAGCUAGGUCCUCCUGGUCCCUCGGGCUGAGCCACAAAGGGCGUACACACACACACACACACAUAAAGGGCAUGCAUGCACACAUGCACACAG